AUGGCAUACGGAAGUGCAGCAGAUGCGAUGGACAAAUAUCUAAGACUCGCUGACACGACUGCGCACAAAUGCCUUGAAGAAUUUGUUAGCGGAGUUAUAAAUCUUUUCGGAGAUGAGUACCUCAUAAAGCCUACAGCGGAAGACCUGCAACGAUUACUGAAUCUUGGAGAAUAUUGUGGUUUCCCCGGAAUUAUAGGGAGCAUAGAUUGUAUGCAUUGGAAGUGGAAGAAUUGUCCAACAGCAAGGAAAAAACAGUAUUCACGUGGAUCUGGAAAACCAACAAUCGUACUAGAGGCUGUGGCGUCGCAAGAUUUAUGGAUUUGGCACGCUUUUUUUGGACCACCAGGUACAUUAAAUGAUAUCAAUGUUUUGGACCGCUCACCAGUGUUCGAUGAUAUACUAGAGGGUCGAGCUCCUAGAGUUAUCUAUGUUGUCAAUGGACGAUAA